UUUCACCUCUUUCUUUCCACUGUUCGUGUUUCUCCACCUUGGAGACAAAUGACGGGAGUAGAACCCGAGAGGAGGAGGAAGGAGAAGUAACCGCGGGGUCUCCAUCAGCGUCUCCGAGGCUCCCAGCCAGCGAGAGAUGAAAGGCUGCCAAUGAGAGAAUGCUACGAUAAGUACCAGCUAUGGCUGCCCAUCGAAUCAUAAGAGUAACGAACAACAACCACGUCCUCCCUCGCUGCAAGUCGGAGGGGACACUCAUCGACCUCAGUGAAGGGGUCACUGGGGCCAGUCUCAACGAUGUCAAAGUGCCUUCUCCCAGUGCCUUAAGGCUGGACAAUUCCUCCUCCUUUGGAGCUGCACAGGAAGUGGUUGCCAUAAAGGAUUAUUGCCCAAACAGCUUCACCACACUGAAAUUCUCCAAAGGCGAUCGCCUCUAUGUGCUGGACACAUCAGGGGGAGAGUGGUGGUACGCCCACAACAACACAGAGAUGGGCUACAUCCCAGCCGCCUACGUCCAAGCGGUCAACUUCAGGAACUCUUCGCUUAGCGACAGCGGGAUGAUCGACAGUCUUGGGGAAGGAUACGAGGAUGGGUCAAAGGAGUUUGGCGGUUUGGGGGAGUGGACAGGCGUGACCGUUAGACCCUCCCCUAUUUACAACAACAGCCCCUUCUCUGUGAACCCACUUAUCUGUUCUUUAGAUCAAAACUGCAAAGACGUUGGUCAAAGGAACUCAGCAGACCUUAUUCUGUUCGACGCUUUGGCCUCACCAUCAUCUUGCUCCAACUUUAACACUAGCUCAAUGAAUGGGUUCAGCAGCUGCCAUGUUAACACCACCACCCUCACCAGCCCAAACCAGGAAGUUGUACCUAACCUCCACAGGGAUAAUCCGUUUUUCAGGAGUAAACGUUCUCAUAGUCUCUCAGAACUGUCUGUUCUGCAAGCACAGACUGAUCCAACCUUACCAUCUUCGGGAUUCUUCACAGGCCUUAAGGCUCCUUCACCGGAGCAGUUUCAGAGCAGGGAGGAUUUCAGGACUGCUUGGUUGAACCACAGAAAGCUCGCCAGGUCUUGUCACGACCUCCAGUCUUUGGGCCAAAGUCCCGGCUGGGGUCAGACACAGCCAGUGGAAACCAACAUAGUUUGCAUGUUGGACAGUAAUGGGGGAGUUGUUCAGCUUCCAGACACCCAUAUCAGCGUGCACAUCCCCGAGGGCCACGUAAGCAAUGGAGAACACCAACAGAUCUCCAUGAAAGCCUUACUGGACCCACCACUGGAGCUUAACACCGACCACUGCUCCACUUUGAGCCCUGUGGUGGAGAUAAAGCUCAGCAACAUGGAGACCAAGUCCUUCAUCACGCUGGAGAUGACGGUAGCAGUAACUGUGAAGAAAGACACUUGUAACACUGCUGAAGUGCUUUGUGUUCGGAGCGAUUGCAAAGAGGGGCCUUACACACCGAUUCCUAACGCUUACAUUUACGAGGAAACAGUCCAGGUUCAGUUGGACAGCUUAGAACCCUGCAUGUAUAUUGCUGUUGUGGCUCAGUCCCAGUAUCUCAGCCACAAUAUGACUGUUUGGGACCAUGUGCAAAGGAAAGUCACUUUGGGUGUUUAUGGACCCAAGCACAUCCACCCUUCUUUCAAGACAGUCGUGGCCAUGUUUGGACACGACUGUGCCCCCAAAACCUUGUUGGUUAGCGGGGUGGGCCGGCAGGCCAGUUCAACUCCACCAGUGGCACUUCAGCUGUGGGGGAAGCACCAGUAUGUGUUGGGAUACCCUCAGGACCUCCAGGUGGGAUUGUAUUCCAACAUGUCCAACUACCAGGUGAAGGCGAGCGAAGGCGCUGGCUUGAUUCGGGGAUUUCAGGUCAAACUGGGGAAGGUCAGCAGGCUUCAAUACAUGAUAACAUCGCACAACCCCGACAGCAUCGCAGACUUCACUCUCAGGGUUCAAGUCAAGGACGCCCUGGACUGUAUUAUCACCCAGUUCUGUGUCCAAACGCCACAGCCACCGCCAAAGACUGGAGCGAGGACAUCCAGUCAGAGAAGGUUCUUGAAAAAGAAAGAGGUGGAUAAGAUUGUCCUCUCACCACUGGCUGCCACCUCCAAAUACCCAAAGUUUCAGGACCGGUGCAUUACCAGCCUGAAAUUUGGGAAGUUGAUAAAAACGGUGAUCAGGCAGAACAAGAGCACCUAUUUGUUGGAGUACAAGAAAGGGGAUGUUAUUGCUUUGCUAAGUGAGGAGAAAAUCAAACUGCGAGGGCAGCUGCGGACCAAAGAGUGGUACAUUGGAUACUAUCAGGGGAAGAUGGGUCUUGUCCAUGCCAAAAACGUUUUGGUUCUGGGUAAGGUCAAGCCCAUUUAUUGGUGUGGCCCAGACCUGACGACCACCAUCCUACUGGAGCAGAUCCUUAAGCCUUGCAAAUUUCUUACAUACAUUUAUGCAACUGUGAGGACGGUUUUAAUGGAGAAUGUGGGAAACUGGAGAGCGUUUGCAGAUGCCCUGGGCUAUGGGAAUUUGCCGUUGAAUUAUUUUUGCCGGACAGAGCUGGACAAUGAGCCAGAGCGUGUGGCGUCAGUUCUGGAGAAACUCAAAGAGGAGUGUAUCAACAUGGAGAACAAGGAGAGAAAGUCAUUCCAGAGGGAACUCAUGAUGGCGCUGCUGAAGAUGGACUGCCAGGGUCUGGUUGCCCGGUUGGUCAUGGAUUUCGUCCUGUUGACCACAGCGGUGGAGGUGGCGGCGCGGUGGAGGGAACUGGCUGAGAAACUGGCCCGAGUGUCGAGGCAGCAGAUGGAGGCGUACGAGGCGCCACACCGCGACAAGAACGGACUGCUGGACAACGAGUCCAUGUGGAAGCCCGCCUACGACUUCCUCCUGACGUGGGCGGCCCACGUCGGCGACAGCUACCGCGACGUGAUCCAGGAGCUCCACGUCGGCCUGGACAAGAUGAGGAACCCCAUCACCAAGAGGUGGAAGCACCUCACCGGCGCCCUCAUCCUCGUCAACUGCCUCGACACACUCCGCAGUGCCGCCUUCUGCCCGACCGGGUACGGAGACUUUGCUGUGUGAGGAUUAUCUUCCAUGUGGGGAAUCUUAUCUCUUGAGGAUUUUAUUCUCCAGCUUGCGAGCGACGUUGUGGAAGCUCAGUGUUGCUUUUACUGACUCAUGUGGGAAGCUACUCCAUCGUGGACACUUUACCGAGGACACAAAGAUUGGGACGGACAUCAGAGAUUUAACCAUUUAUAGGCACAUCCUAGUCUUUUGGAUCAGGACUGAUGCAACACAGUAGAGAAACAUCAAUGGACGAUUUCUGGCCGGACGAUGUGAAAAUGUCCUUUACUACCAUUUUUCAACUUCAUCUCCUUCUACCUCACCCCUUUUCUUUAUCCAUGUAUCUUUUCUUCUCUUGUCUCUAUCUCUCCAUUGAAUUAAAAGCUUGUUUGAUUUUACUGUCUUCGGACCUCAGGACAUCAGAGACCUCAACCACUGCAGUAGAUAACCAGACGGACUGUGACCUCUGACCUUUUCCUCAUCUAUGAAAGUUGAUUGGAUUGCCUGCGCUCACAAUGUUGAUAUUUGCAAGUCCAACUUAAAACAUAAACUAAUUUCCCCUCCAGUCCAAGUCAUCUGUUUUUGUUAGGCUGCCAUCUGCUGGCCGAGUAGAUGUUUUAAAAUAAGGUUUCAUUCAUUCACACAUUGAGAACUUUCGACACUGAUUUUCUUGCCAAAAAAAAAAGUUAGCCCAAUUACAACGUCACAAUUUUGCUGUAAAAGUAAAGAUCUAAGAUAAACUUUUUUUUUAUACCAGCAGAACGACACAUAGAUCAAGUUAUUGUUGGUUUACUGUUUUCAUUUCUUUAAUUGAUUUUGCUUCCCGUAAGUGAAACAUCAAUUUAAUGUUCCCCAUAAAACUUCUUUAGCUGAUCAAUCCAAAAUACUCCUGAUAUAUCAGAUUAUAAAUAUUUGAACAGGUUAAUGUAAGAAAAUGUAGACAAUGAAAUUUUUUCAUUUUUGUACUUAUUUAUCUCUCUGACGUCUACAGAGUAAAUCAAUUACAAUUGAUGUGGCUUCAGUGUACGAUGUAAACCCUGCUUCCUCCAUGUUAGUGGAUGGGAAAUCAAAAUAAACCUCAAAUAUAUUUGUCUCAAAGAUGUUUCCUGUUUUCUGAUAAGUUUGGUUUUUAAUAAGUUGUUUAGUGAUGUAAAAAGGGGUCAAACAUCUUGAUUGACAGCUAAGACGGACUCUCUAUUGGUCGAGCGCGUACAUCUGCGUGACCUUGACACUGUGACUUGACUCCACGAUCACCGGUUGGCUUUGUGUUUGUAGGAAAGUGGAGCUGUGACUUCAUCUUUAUUCAGUCUCUGAUUUAGGUGGAAGAGGCCACGCCUACAGGUAUCCUCUUGUUCCUGCACCAAAAAGGCCUCAUCCACUCCGCUACACUCUAACUUGGUUUCACACACCACUGAAUAUCUGUUUUUCUUUAAUUUCUUUUUCUUUUUAAAUCUGAAUACAGAAGAUAAGCAGCUCUUUACAUCCGUUCCCUAUCGUCUCCCCACCACAAUCCUACCCCACGUCAUCCAUCCCCCCCCAUGACCCUUCCUUCAUCUUUUGACCCUCAAUCCAUCCCACCUGUGUCAUCUCAGCUCACCUCCUGUCUCUCUAUUGUGCAGUAAAUAAUUCUGAGUCCACUUCUUCAUUUGCCUGGUCUCUGGUGAAAACCACACAGAAAUGAUCCAGUUUUCGUUCAAUUUGUAUUUUUCUAAGCCUUUUGAUUUUAUCAUCUCUGCAUGAAUAGUCAGCUAAGACGCUUUCAAUGUUUUUUGAUUUCCUUUGUUUGUCUGAUUCGUUUCAAUCUUUCUUUCCUGUUUGUUUUGUGGCUGCUGCUGUGUUUCUGUAUCUGUUUGUUUUCUGAACCUGAUCUGUACAGACAACGUGCACAGAGUUUAUAUAUUUGUACUGAAUGCCGACUGAGUAUUGACACAUUCUUCACAUGUUGUAUCGACUGUGACGUUUUGUCGUUGAUCUGAAAUCUGUUCAGUGUUCCUGGUCAGAAGAAAUCAAUUAAAAGGACAAAAUGCAAAUCACUGUGCGCAAAGUUAUUUCUGUGAAUACAAGAACUUACUCAUGGUAAAAAAGGUGAAUAAAAUGAGAUUAAAAGAGUCCAUUUACCAUAUAUUUGUGUAUAAUAUACUUGUAUAUAUAUGUGUAUACACAGUACAUUUUGUGUGCAUUUAAAGUACAUUUAUUUAUAUAAUCUGUAGAGCUGCAUCAAAGCAGUGGUUCUUGUGAAUCAUGUCCCUGUGAUUUUCUGCAAAGGAGCGUUUAUUAAGUGACAGUGCUGUGUUGAGUGUUGUGUGACAUCAGCAUGAAUUUCACACACACACAACCACACACAGACACACUACACACAGAAAACAUGUCCCAAUAUCAUGCACAAAUGAUCUCAUACACCUAGUCAUGCACAAACGCCACAUAUGAAUGCACAACUCCAUCCAUAUGUGGUCUUGUUUCUAGAAUGACACAAAUCAUCUGCACUCACACACACAUACACAUACACAAACACACACACACAC